AAACCUCAACGGCUCUUUUCCUCUCAUCGAGAAUCGAAGUCUCCAGCCUCGCCGGACAAUCCUAUAACCUAACUCCAUCGGUCCAUGCCGCCGACUUUUUCCGCCGGAAAACUUUGCUUCUUAACGAGAGAAGUUCUUCAAAUCUUCACUCACAGGAGUCACCGCCCAGUCGCACUCUUGCAGACUUGCUCGGGUUCCUCCAACUCUCCAAGGGUUCAAUAAUCAAAGAUAAAACCAUGCCGAAGGUGAAGACAAACCGUGUCAAGUACCCAGAGGGAUGGGAAUUGAUUGAGCCCACUCUAAAUGAACUACAAGCCAAGAUGAGAGAAGCGGAGAAUGACCCGCAUGACGGGAAAAGAAAGUGUGAAGCUUUGUGGCCUAUCUUUAAAAUUUGUCAUCAGAAGAGCCGCUACAUUUUUGACCUUUACCACAGGAGGAAGGAGAUCUCCAAGGAAUUAUAUGAGUUCUGCUUGGAUCAGGGUUAUGCAGACCGUAAUUUAAUCGCGAAGUGGAAAAAGCCUGGCUAUGAACGGCUCUGUUGUUUGAGGUGCAUGCAACCUCGGGAUCACAACUUCCAAACCACAUGUGUUUGCCGAGUUCCUAAGCAUCUAAGGGAAGAGAAGGUUAUAGAAUGUGUGCAUUGUGGUUGCAAAGGUUGUGCUAGUGGAGAUUGAUUGAGUCCUUAUAAUAGAAUGCAUGUACGGAUUGAAUAGUAGUGCUACUUUAUCUGCUACUUACCUCACUCUAUGGCUUGCUUCAGUCAAACCAAUGUUGAAACUGUCUGUAACUAACAUUGUUUAUUGGCAAAGAUCUUUAUUCACUCUUACA